AUGGGAGCAAAUAGCAGCAGCAUCAGUGAGCUUCCAGAAAAUGAGUACUUACAGAAACUGUCAGGAUCAGAGUCCAUCUCUGAGAAUGACCCGUUCUGGAAUCAGCUUCUGUCUUUUAGCUUCACUACUCCAACAAACAGUGCUGAUUUAAAGCUCUUGGAAGAAGCCACAAUCUCAGUCUGUAAGUCUUUAGUUGAGAAGAAUCCUCGAACAGGAAACCUUGGAUCAUUGAUUAAAGUCUUUCUUUCUAGAACCAAAGAGUUAAAAAUUUCAGCAGAAUGUCAGAACCACCUCUUUAUCUGGCAGGCUCACAAUGCGCUGUUCAUUAUUUGCUGUUUGCUGAAAGUAUUCAUCAGUCGAAUGUCAGAAGAGGAGCUGCAACUUCAUUUUACUUAUGAAGAGAAAGCAGGACCAAGCUCAUAUGGAACAGAGUGUGAAGACCUCAUAGAAGAGUUGCUGUGUUGCCUCAUCCAGCUCAUUGUUGAAAUUCCCCUCUUGUACCCCUGUCAGCACACAGACAGUAACUGGUGGAAAUGGUUGUGCUCAUGGUACAGGGGAAGGUACAGUGGAGGUGUCACUUCAGCUCUGGGAGAUAUUACAUACAGCAUUUCUUUGGAAGCCGUGACAACUCUCAUUGUGUUCCUCUCCUGCCAAUUAUUCCAUAAAGAGAUUCUUCGAGAGAGCAUCAUUCACAGAUACCUGAUGCAUGGUCGAUGUCUCCCAUACACCAGCAGACUUGUGAAAACUUUGCUGUAUAAUUUCAUUAGACAAGAGAGAAGCCCUCCUCCAGGGACCCACGUCUUUCAGCAGCAAACAGAUGGAGGAGGACUGCUCUAUGGAAUUGCAUCUGGGGUGGCAACUGGCCUGUGGACAGUGUUCACGCUGGGUGGGGUGGGCAGCAAAGCGUCGGCACAGCUGGAGCAGUGCUCCCCUCUGGCCAGCCAGAGCCUGCUGCUGCUGCUGGUCCUGGCCAACCUGACUGAUGCUCCUGACAUCCCGAAUCCGUACAGGCAAGCCAUCAUGUCCUUCAAGAACACACAAGAUAAUACCGCUUUUUCAUCAUCAAAUCCACACGCUUUCCAGAUUAACUUUAACAGUUUAUACACAGCUUUAUGUGAGCAGCAGAAAUCUGAUCAAGCCACUCUUCUCUUGUACAUGCUUCUGCAUCAGAACAGCAAUAUGCGGACCUACGUGUUGGCACGGACAGACAUAGAAAAUCUGGUUCUGCCAAUUCUUGAAAUUCUGUAUCACGUUGAAGAAAGGAAUUCACACCAUGUUUACAUGGCCCUUAUAAUUCUGCUGAUCCUUACAGAAGAUGAUGGCUUCAACCGAUCCAUUCAUGAAGUGAUACUGAAAAACAUCACUUGGUAUGCUGAGCGUGUCCUAACAGAGAUCUCACUUGGGAGUCUUCUGAUACUGGUUGUGAUAAGAACCAUCCAGUACAACAUGACACGGACAAGGGACAAAUACCUUCAUACAAAUUGUCUGGCAGCCUUAGCAAAUAUGUCAGCACAGUUCCGCUCGCUUCAUCAGUAUGCUGCUCAGAGGAUCAUCAGUUAUACCUGCCGCCACUUGCGGAGAUAUGUGUAUGUCUUGGACAAACUGUAUUUCCCCCACUCCCACUGCUCUACGCUGCAGCAUUGCUUCUCGACCCUCAGUGACAAUGGAGAGGAACUCUUGUCUUUAACUUGUUCUCACAUUCUCAGAUCCUAUGCUUCCAGUCUAUUUUCUCUGUUAUCUAAAAAACACAACAAAGUGCUGGAGCAAGCCACGCAGUCCUUGAGAGGUUCCCUGGGUUCAAACGACUCUCCACUUCCUGAUUAUGCGCAAGACUUGAAUGUGAUUGAGGAAGUGAUCCGAAUGAUGCUGGAGAUCAUCAACUCCUGCCUGACCAACUCCCUCCAUCACAACCCCAACCUGGUGUAUGCUCUGCUCUACAAGCGGGAUCUGUUCGAGCAGUUUCGGACUCACCCCUCCUUCCAGGACAUCAUGCAAAAUAUAGACCUGGUGAUCAGCUUUUUCAGCUCCCGAUUAGAGCAAGCUGGAGCUGAGCUGUCAGUGGAGCGAGUUCUGGAAAUCAUCAAGCAAGGAGCUGUUGCUUUGCCCAAAGACAGGCUAAGAAAGUUCCCUGAGCUGAAGUUCAAGUACGUGGAGGAGGAGCAGCCUGAGGAGUUCUUCAUCCCCUACGUGUGGUCCCUGGUGUACAACUCUGCCGUGGCCCUGUACUGGAACCCCCGUGACAUCCAGCUCUUCACCAUGGACUCGGGCUGAGGGACACCCCUUGCCAGGCCAGCCCCUCUCCGUCUUACAGGAAUUGAACCUCUGCACCUCUUCCAACCUGACCCCCUCCAACUGCCCCCUCCAACCCCAGAACCAGUGUCCAGCCUCAUGCUGGGACAGACUGGUGUGGGGCACAGAUGGCUUGUAGGCAACCUUGUGUUUAUAGUCCAUAACCUAGAGCUUGUUUGAUGAAAAUGAGGCCUUACACAUGGGGUAUGAUGUUACUACCAACCACAAAUCUGAUCGUCCUUUUAACUAAACGGGCUAAUUGAGAUUGCAGGCUUUGAUUUGGAAGCAGCGUUUGUAUUUUUGGCUCUUUCGAGUGGGCAGCUUCCUUGGUUCAAGCUUUUUAUGGUCUCUUGGAUGCUGCCGUGGGUUGCUCGUUACCUAAUGCCGUGUUUUCACUCACAGCCCUUCGUUUCCGUGGCACUGUCAAGGCUGCAGCCCUUUAAUUGCUGUCUACACUGUCAUCCGAGGGAACUAAGCAAGCAGCAUCUUAAUCAGGUUAGCUCCCAGGCAGAUUCAAAACACUUGAUUUAGAUGUUUGUGGGAGGAUUUUCAAUAGCAAGUCUUUUGUUGUUGUUGUUGUUUGACUGGCAAAUACUCUCCAGAGGGCAAGAAACACCUGCUUUCAGAGUCAGGUCCCUUACAGACUUGUUUUUCUGUGCUCCUCUGCAAAAUUGUUCCUGGAAAUUGAACGUGUAAGGAAAGGGGGGGAAAAAAAGUCCAAAGAAAAUAAUUACAAGAUUGUAAAAUAGACCAGUGUCCUGUAAACCUGUGCGUAAUGGUGACAGUGUGUUUUGGGGAUCCUUGACAAAGCUCUGUGUUGAAAACCUCCUGUUGGCUUUUAAAGUUUUAUGGCAGAAAUAUAAAUUUAUCUGAAUGUAGAAUACUACUCUCUUUUUUUGUUGUUUUCAAGUGCCCUUUCCUGAUAUACCUGUUUCAGCAGUGGGAAAAACUAAAGAAGUGAUGUGAUUUUGAAAGAAAUCUCAUUUUUCAAAGUGGGGAUCAUAUU